ACGCGUGCCUAUCCCGUCAUUCUCAGCGGAGAGCAGUAGAGUGGGACUCCUUGGAGUAUUCUAGAGCGGCAGGAACAGGCCGAGGCCGAUGAUGUCGGAAAAGAAGCAACCCGUAGAUUUGGGGCUUCUGGAAGAAGACGACGAGUUCGAGGAGUUUCCUGCCGAAGACUGGGCUGGUUUAGAUGAAGAUGAAGAUGCACAUGUGUGGGAAGAUAAUUGGGAUGAUGAUAAUGUGGAAGAUGAUUUCUCUAACCAGUUAAGAACUGGAAAAGCAUUGCUACAAGAUGGAAACAACAUAGCUUCUAAUGCUGCUGUUCUAAUGCUGCUAAUGAUACACCAGUUGGAUAUUAAUGGGUUUCUAUUCACAAAUAAAAGUUCAGUCAAUCCAGGCUACAUAUAACACCA